AUAACCUAAUGUCAUAUAGCUAAGAAGACCGUCUGUCACUGUCAGUCAGCUGUCAGCACACCAUAUCACCGACUAAAAUGUACAAAGUUCGUACGAGUAGAUUUUAUUUGGUGUAAAAUUUAAUGUAUCUAUUUGUUUAUUUUUAGAAGUUAAUGUUUUCUACAUAUUAUACAUAAAUUAAUUUUUAAACGUACAAAAUGGAAACCAAAGUAGCAGUUGUAACGGGAGGAAACAAAGGUAUUGGAUUCGAAAUUGUGAAAGGAUUAUGUCAAAAGUUUAAUGGGACUGUGUUCCUCACAGCUAGAAAUGAGGAAAGAGGUUUACAAGCUGUCAAGAAAUUAGAAGAAUUAGACCUACAUCCUGUUUUUCAUCAGCUGGAUAUUACAAGUGAAGAGAGUUUGCAAACAUUUGCUACCCACAUUUCUAGUAAUUAUUCUGGAAUAGAUGUUCUCGUUAAUAACGCCGGCCUCCUUGAUUUCGACAAGUCUGUUUCUACAUACGAAGAAUCUAAGAAAUUAAUUGACACAAAUUUUAUGAGUUUGUUGAGGAUAUCAAAAAUUUUGUAUCCCUUAUUGAAAGAUGACGCCCGUAUAAUUAACCUUAGUAGUGAUUGGGGCCUAUUAUCAAACAUACGAAAACAAAUAUGGCUCGACACAUUAGUGAAAGACAACCUUACUGUAGAUGAGAUUACAGAUUUUGUUAAUGAUUUCUUACAAGCAGCUAAAAAUGGGAAAAACGCUUUUGUAUCUUUUGCUGGUCAUUAUGGUGAUUAUAAAGUGUCUAAAGUGGCAAUGUCGGCAUUAACAUUUGUUCAACAGAGACAGUUUAAUGAGCUGGGGAAAAAUAUUUCUAUAAAUUGUGUUCAUCCUGGAUUUGUUAAGUCCGAUAUGACAAAUGGUAUGGGUGAUUUUACACCAGAAAGAGGGGCACGUGCACCAUUGUAUCUGGCGCUAGAAGCACCACAAAGUUUAAAAGGUACAUUUGUAUGGCACGAUUGCCACCAAGUCAACUGGGAUGACUAGACUGUUAUGGUGUAUUUUUGUUGCUGUUAUAACGACAUUAAUCCUGUGAUAAUAGUGUCACACACUUUAAAAAACUUAAUAUAUUAUUUCUUUUAGUUAAAUAUGUUUUAUUUCAAUUCUUUGUUAGCUUUGAAAGAAUAAGAAAUCCUAUAAGAUGUAGGCUAAGUUUUUCAAAAUUUAAAGAAGUUUUGGUUAUAAUAGAGUAUAAGCUAUGUAUGUACACAUGGCCAAACGUCAGACUAUACUAUACAUUGUUGACUUUGUACAGACCACUCUUUAUAUAAAACUUCUCUACUAACAGAACUCUGCUUAUGGUACUAGUGUGAAGCACGAAGUGUGGCGGCGUGUACAUUAUGUGCUAGUAAAAUUUAUUACUAUUAAAAUACUGUACUUCCUGUAAAAACUCUUCAUUGAAAGUGAU